AUUGGAAUGCCAUCUUUAGGCUGCCGGUCACAGCUGUUAGCAUGUUUUACCGCACAUCGCAAUUGCGUAACAUUUUGUGAAUUUGUAUUAUUUAAACUGGAUAAUUUGUAAUUGUCGUGAAAGAGGCCCGGCAAUUGCAUGAGUAAGACAGACGUUUGUAAGAAAUUCGCUUGCAAAUUGCAGACGUGUCUGAAAGAUAACGUCUAUCAGCCAGCUCGUUGUGAAGGGGUGAUCGAGGAGCUCAGACAAUGCUGCAUGAAACACUCGGAAAAUUCAGUUGUGUGUGAUGGAAUUGAUGUGUCCAAGCCUUAUGAGCACAAUACUGUUGAUUAUGUAAGUAUUAUUGGCGACCGAAGUGUACAUUUAUUUUUUUUUAUCAUUCUAUAUUUAUAGAAUAUUGAUAAAUCC